AUGAAUUCUAAUCAUAAUCAACUCAAUCGUCCUAGAACGAAUGAUAAUAAUCGACAAGGUCCACAUAGUACAGUACAACUGCGGCAAUCAGUUAACAGAGCUUUGAAUUUAGCAAAUGAUUCACAUGAAUAUUACGAUAAACAAACAAAUGUUCAGUAUAACCCUCGUUUCAUUCGUCAAAGUCGUGUUCCAGCACCAGUUUCAUCAAAUUUACAACCAAUCAAUUCUCCAGCACAAACUCCAAGUCGCAGAAGUCGUGAUGAUUAUGAAGAUAAUGAGGGAUAUACAACUGUUAUAAACAAAAGAAGUAGAAAGAAUCAGAAUUACUUCAUGGAGGAAGAAAAUUACGAUCAAGAAGAGCAACAAAAUUAUGAUCAUUAUAAUCAUCGUUAUCCCACUCGCUAUAAACAACAAACAGCUAGACAAAUCGAUCAACAUACAAUUGCAAGCGUUAGUGGAAGUCAACAACAAAAUCAACAAACAGCUCUUCAACAGCAGACGAUUACAACGGAAGCAACGCGGUAUGCUCAAACUCGUUUUCCUUUCGUUCCGUGCAUUAUUCGAUUUGCUUCUGGUGAUGUAAAAGAAAAUCAAGUGGCAGAACAAUUAGUUAAUCAUUUUAAGGAUAACCAUCAGUCAGAAAUUCAAAUUGCUAAUAUUCGUCGAUCUACUCUUAAAUGUCAACAAAAUGAAUAUGAAUGA